GGAGGAGUGGAGCCUGGUUUGAAGGUCAACUCGUAGUGGGUGCACGACAAGCACAAGAAGUCUUGUCGUGAUGAUCGCACGGCGACGCUGUAUGAAGGCGUAGGCGAUAUCAAAUAAAUUAGAAUUUGUGUAGUUCUUAAAAAUCUCACUCGGUAGAUAUAGAUCGAGAUGUAGAAGUCGCACCAGUUGAUACAUCGAGGAACAUGCAGCCACAUUCGCGCAUCACGCGUCGGAGACCCUCAGGGGUCGAGAGUCUCUCAGUAGACUACGCAUCCCUAGCGCAUCCUAGUAGGAAGACUUCUUCGUCGUCAACUGCAUCUUCAGUUGCAGCUGCCACGGCAGAGUUGUCCAGCCGGAGCAGAAAAGCGUCCUACAGCAGCGGCAGCGGGGAUGCCUCGCAUGGCGUCUCAGCCACUAGUGCGUCAUCGCGCGACGAAAGAAGCGAGAAGAGCCGCACUAAAUCGAAGUCGCGCACUACGACCGAAGGCAGAAAAGUAAAGGCGCGAAGUCGUACGUCGUCAUCAAAUGCGGUUCUGCUUGUAUGGUUUGGGUCGUAUUAAGCAGGACACCACAUGCUGAAUCUGAAUAUUUCAACGAGCUAGGUGUACAACUAGCCGUGGAAUAUUACUUGAAUGUUGAUGAACCUUUGACGACGUCGAGCAAGAACUUGGCUUAUUACCUUGAUGAUGAAAAAUGACUAUAUAUAUCAUGAGAUUUCUAAUUGCAGACGACUUCUUACCAGGACCGGACUGGUGGAAUCCAGUCGAGGACCUGCAUAGUCGUGAUAUGCUGUCGGAAAUGCAGUUGAAGCACCUUGAGUGGCAGCGCCUCCGGGAUGCUGGGGCUCCAACAAGAGCCACGGAUAGGAAUAUUAAGGACUACAACAUCUCAGCAACUACGACAACUUCGAAGCGAAAAACGUCAAAAAAACGGGCGGUGGCCACAACAUCAGACGUCCAGGCUUCUUCUUCCACCCUCUCUGGAGGUCCUUCGACUUUUUCAACUACUACUGCGUUUUUGUCGACCUCUUCAAGUCGAGACGAUUUUGAUCUUGAAAUAGAGCAAAACAAUGCCUCCUCGACUCAUUACAUGAAGGACGAUUCAGUACGCGAAUAUCUGAGUAGGAAUACAACGAGCACUGGAGGAGGUGGAUCUACUUCCGUGCAUAAUUAUGGUGGAGAAGUCACGAAUACCAAGAGCAUGAUGAACAACAUCAUCAAGCCAGAGUCACAAGAUCUUGAAGAACGAGCGCGACGUUUUCCUCAACGAGGUGGCGCAGCGGUGAUGCAACAAGAUCUCGAGCAGCAGCUAGAGGUAGGAGUAUUGCCAUCUUCAUCUUCCUCAGGGCCGCGUGGAUUUGGAAGGCUGCAGCCAGACGGUGGCCACGCUCUUUUUUAAGGCUACCGCUGAAGCAUCCUCAGCACUACCCUUAGCCUCCUUUUCAAGGGCAAAAAGGGCUCAAGGAUGGGGUCAGGGAUGCGACGCGGUAGCUCCAACUUUUAGAAAGAUGGCGAAGUAUUCCAGCAGACGCUGUGGGAGUUCAUCUCCAAUCGUCGAGCAGCACACGAGGAUCGCAUCAUCGAGACACGACGAGUGGGGGAGUGAAUUUCCAGUCCCACGCACAUGGCGCGAAGGCAGCGUUUCUAGCUCAACGGCAGUCGCAAUUGAAAUCCCUCUACAACUCUCUCAGUGGAGGAGGUAGCUCCUCAGGAGCAUCUACGAAUUUUGGAGCAGGAGGUAAUAACACGCAUUCGCAAGGGUUUGGCGGUGGUUCCGGCUUAGGUGGGAGCAGUUCUCUCGGUCCCAACAUACCGUCUGCGAGCACUCUCUUGCCGCGUGCUACAGGGUCACCGCCAGCCAGUCCAGACGAGGCCGAGUGGCACCAAUUGCCGAGUGAAGCGGUGCAGGGCAUUCAGAGGUGGCGCGCGGGUCAGAUUCCUGGGCGUUUAUGCCUGUUGCUGCUUCUCGAUAGCGUUUUUGGGCAGGAACCGGAUGACGGAAAUUUUGCCAUGAGCGGUGAGGACGAAAUGAAGACACAGCAGGGGAGUACUAGUAGCACUGCGGACGUGGAAACCGAUAACGAUCAAAGCGGAAUAUCAAACAAUAUGAAAGGAAGCUCCCCUGGCGACUCCGAAACUGGAUCAUCUUCAACUGGAAACACAGGCGGUCCGAGUGCACUUAUGCGAACUGUCGCGACGUCUACCGGGUUCGGGACCGGCGCUGCCCUCGCGCAGCGGUGGCUGUACGAACGCGUGUUCGCAUUACCGCCACUGCAAGCGCUAGAUUUUGCUUUCGGUUUUGUCCGACAAAAGACGGGGCCUGGCUCCGUCUCUCCCGACGCGCUGUGCCUCGCGUGUCGCCAGAUUCACCUGCAACUCCAAGACCGGCCUUUUCGCGAACGACUCAUGGCACAAAUCCUUGCCGAAUUGAUCCGCGCACACGUCGCAACCUGUGCUGAACUAGCGGCUAGCGGGAGCACGCCGCAAGCGAUAGAGCAGCAGCUUGUCAACAGCGGCGGAUUCGCUGCUAAUAGCGCAGGUAUGAUAUCUGGCGGACCUCAAGCGCUCGGAGCAGGAGCGUCAUUUAAGACUCUUCCAAUGUCGAACUUGAAUCGAUUACUAUUUUGUCUUCAGAAAUAGUGCUAGCAAGAAGACGUCUUCUAAGUCAUCUGCCACCUCGUCUAGUGGAGCAAGCGGAGGCACUGGAUCCUGGACAGAUCUUGCGGUGUGCGACCUGUUGGCUAUGGAGCUGGGCCUCACGCAAUACAACGUGGAGGCUGAAUGCCGCGGGGCAGCCUGGAAUAGCAUUAUGAGCUAUGGAGCCGGCAAUGCGGACCGAUACAAGUUCAAGGCCAGCGCGAUGGCCGCUGGCGCUGGACGUGCGACUAAUGGCUUUCUCAAAAGCACCUUUUCCACACCGGGGCUCGAUAACGCAAGUGGCGGAGGCUCGUCCUCGUCUUCCGCGUCCUCUGGCCAGUCAUCCACGUCAAAUCCAACAGCAAAUGGAGGAGUUCCAGGUGGCUCGAACAAUAGUACUGGCACAGGAGCAGGAGGAGCUGCUUCAAACAACAAUGGCCCAGGAGGCUCUUCUGGCUCCUCCUCCAGUUCUAGCGGAGCGACAACGGACAUUUCCCUUGAGCAACUUCGUGUCCAAAACAACUAUUUAGAGCAGUACGUGAUUAAAACCGCACGUAUUCGGGACGAUCUCAAGGGCAUUCUGCAAACUUUGCAGUCGGUAGACGCCUACGAGACGCUUGGAGUCGCACGCGCGAGCUCACUGGAUGAAGUCAAGAAAGCCUUUCACAAGCUUGCACGCACCAUGCACCCCGAUAAGGGAGGCAGCCCGCGACGGUUCCAGGCUAUACAGAAAGCUUACUCGUGCAUUCAGCAACAAAGACAGGAUCUCGACAAAAACGCGGAAUUCAAACUGCAGGAGGUCAAUAAAGAAGACGGCGCGUGUCUUGAACCAGAAGAGCUGGAGCGAAAAAUGGCCCAGCUUAAGAUGGUGGAAGGUAUUUUUUCUGAAGCAGUACUCAUUUAGCACAAACACACCAGCCAUCGCCACUUGCCAUGAGUUGCAGAAGUUAGAAAAACAACUCAAUGUGUCGAACAACAUCUUCGGGACGUCGAGUCGUUACAACAUAAUAUCAUUGAAUUUUUUUUCGACCUCCACCGACAGACCAAGUCAAAUUGGCACGAAAGAUAACCGAAGAAGCAUCUGAACGUGCGAACGCUUGUGCCGACUUUGCGCAUCAGAUGCGACAAGUACCUCGAAGCAAACCAUUCAAGCAGAUGCGGACAGAACUCCUUCGAGAAGUGGAGGUCUGCUCUCGACUGCGCCAGAUGUUCGCACAAACGGCGCGCGCCGCGCAAGGAGUAGCAAAAGUCGGUGCUGCGGCAAUGACCAAACUCUCCGAAGACGCGAACACAGGCGACAUGAUCAACUGCGAAUUUGUACUACAAUGCUUUGCAUACCCAGUUAGAAUUAUUUAUGCUUCAGUGCCACUAGUACAAGUUAGUGGUCCGUCGAGUUGUUGAAGAUGUACAAUUCGCCAAUAGAAGAAGGUACUACUAAGUGCAAAUUGGCAGAUUUCUGGUUCCGGCAUGGUCAACUUCUCGAAUAAUCUCUGUCAGGUGAACGCGACUGCACUGAGCGACAGAAUACGGAUAUGUCGAGACGCAGCCUCUAGCUGUUUAGUGAUGGCCGACAGUUUGGAUAAGAUUCGUGGAGCUGUGCUUGCCACUGUCGAGAAAGUCGAAAGCAUAACAGAUGGCAAAGCAGGGUCGCAGAGCGACAGAAUGGGUAUAAGAAGCAUACUAGCGAUGUUGUUCUAAUAUGAGUUUCAAUAUUUGAGCCAGCAGUCUUCAAGAUCAACUGCAGGUCGCCCCUUUUUCAACACUAAGAUUCCAUAUGAAUACGAAGGAACUUCCACAUCCACUACUUAUAUCUACUUCCUCUUGUGAUAGGUAAGAAACUGUUAGUUUCGAGCUCGGAGCGCGUGGAGCAGACCGGUAGACGGGCGGCCGACGAAGCCAUUUCCUGUGCUAUGAAAGCUGGGGAUGUCGUCAAGGGUAUGAGCGCUUUGGUGCUUGAAAUGCGAGACCGGCUAAAACGCGCUAACCGUCCGUCCGAGCCUGCGGAACCACCCACGGAAGGCACAGGCGUCGACGGAGACGGGCCUAAUGCAGGAAAUAAAAACGGUAGUAAAACGAAUGGUGAAGAGGGGGACGAAGAUGAAGACAGUGACGUGCCCGGUGGGAAAAAGAAGAAGAAAAGCAAGACUUUAGCGGCCACGACUCACCGUUUGCGCGAGCGGCACCUUCUGCUGCGGAGCAAAAACCUCAGUUUUCUAUCGCAAAUCAACGAUGAGGCGCGAGAAUGUCAGUCCUUGUUGCAAAAUUUAGUGGCCUCUGGAUCUAGUAGUCUGCACGUAGAGGAAAAAGCCGACCUAACGCAGCAAUUAUUGGAGAUAUUCGACACCGCAUUGGCAGAAAUGCAUCAAGAUAGAGACACCACGUUGGCCAAGUAUUUGAAGAUCGAUGAUUUUGAUUGUCUUGUCAUUGAUAUUUCUAGUCAAUGAAUAGCCGCAACGUGCAUGUCCUCGGUCGAGGACUACAAGGACAUUUUGGAUUUUUUGUAGAGACAAGUCUUCAAAUUUACAGAAAUAAUGCUCAUCUGUAUCUGAUCUAGUAGUAUCACAACUUAUUUACUUUCAACACACGACGCGACAACACCACAAGGUUAGAGCGGCAUUUGCUUUUUCUGCUUCACCUCGAUACUCGCUUGGCCGUGCCGACUGACGUGCGAAGCAAGGUUUUUUUGAUGGUGCUUUAUGCCGACUCGGACCUUGCCGCAGAGGCGAUCGAUAUCUUCCGCAGAAAGACACUCCAAGUGCUACUGCGUAAAGGCGCGUGUCUGGGCAACCGCGAGAAGAAAGACCGUGUGCGCGACUGGGUUCACUCCCUCUUCACGAAAAUCCGUGGGAAUGCCAAACUUACGGACAGUACUUGUUUUGCAUCAUCCUUCGUCCUUCGAAGAUCUGAGGUCGUCGGCGCGUCCUGGCCGCCCUGAGUAGAAAGUGCCUCCCUGAAUUGUUCAACUUCAUGGGAAGUUCGAUGUUCAGGGUAACUAAGGACAUCAACAGAAUAUCAACCCGACCACUGAUUUCGUCAGGAUGUUCAGGAUGAUGUGAGGCACUAUCGCUAACAAGCGCUACCUUCAGCAAGCAGGCGUCGCGGACCUUGCGCCUUUCGAAGAUAAUUACUCGGCGCCAGGGCGGGGAGGAGAUAUUCUACUUUAAAGUGACUACUUAUAUGAAGAAACAGAUCAUUCAUUUUAUCUUCGGUUGAUGCUACCUUGAAUCUAGUCCAUCCACAUCAUGUUUGUUACCCGAUAUAAUUCCGUCUUGACCUUCAAACUCAAACGUACUCAAGGGUAGUCUAGUAAAGUACUUGUCAAUCUAAGGAUACAAUUUUCUCAUUGAUAUGCGCGCUUUUAGGGACAUGUUUUGUCGAUCUGAAUGUUCUUCUCCGUUGAAGUAGACAACAAAAGUAGACGCUGUGCAACUACGCAUGAAAAAAGGUGACUGCGCAUGAUAAUGUGUCAAUUUAGGACCACUACGAUUCAUCUACUGCAUCUUCGCAUGUUGGACGAAAAAUAACGAAAGCGGGCGCCGUUGAAGUGAUGAUUCGACUUUUUCUCAUGAAAUGCACGUACCACGCGAAAUCUAUACGCAUAAAUAUGAACUACAGAUAUCCACAAGACGAUAUUAGACUUCUGAUGAGGAGUUGUUAUUCUAAUUUUUUAGACACCGAAUCCAAACCCUCACGCUGACGCACAUCACGCUCACUGCCACAUCUGGAUCAUCUGACUGACCACGAUUUUAGCACGCUCUGCUAGAACUUCCGACACUGGCUUCCGUCGCAAUAGUGUUGCUUCUACAUCUACAUCAAGUGGAACGUAGUCAUUCUCGUGGAUGACCCAUCCACACUCUCUUCAGCGCGUUAGUUCGUUGCAGUGGCACGAGGAUCAAACAUCCUGUUGCCUUGGCAGAGAAUUCCACACAGUGUUGCUCGCAGUGCUCAAGAU